GCGCGUCCGCUCCGCUUUCAAUUCAGCGGUCCUCUUCGCCGCGUGUGGUCGGUGAAGGUGAUUAAAGAGUCGUCUACAAUAUGCGGAACGACGUUUUAAUCGCCAUCACCGCCGUCGUGUCCGCCGUUACAGCCGCCGAUGGACUGCUGCGCGACGAUCCACGCUCGGUGUCGCUCAGCGUGCUCCUGGAGAACGGCGACGCCGACUUCACCUACGACGGCGAGGUCUACCUCACCGACUUGCGCUGGAUCGACGGCAAUCUCACUUAUGGCUGCAUCUGCAGGCUGCACAGGAAAUGCAUCAAGAAAUAUUGCCGCAGCAACGAGGUCAUCCGCAGAGAUCUCGGCAACAAACCGUCGUGCGGAAAGAUACCGCGGGAAGAUCCCGCUGCCACCGACUCGCCCGCCGCCAAAACGCCGGCUUUGCGCCUGACCAAGGAACAACUGGUCAAGGAAAUCCGAGAUAUCGGCGAGCUGAGAGAGCACUUUGUUCUGAUAGAGGCGGGAACCUCUGUCCCGAUCAGUUGUUAGCUCUCAACGAGGAUAACGAUGAAGAGAAAGUCAACCUUCAGAUAAGUGAAUGAAGUUGGCACCCUACUUUUUGAAAUUUAUAAUUUUGAAAGUUGUUCCAGAUUAUUCUGACUUUGUACCACAUUGUUCCAAAGUGAUAUUGCUUCAUUCGAAACGGUUUUCGAAUAAAACAAAAAAAAUGAUUUUUU